GCUGUUUACUUCCUUGGAUGCAGACCUGUUCACUACAGAGUAGAGCCUGGCUACCAGGUUGUCUUUCUUAAGACAUACGACUUGAACCUGCCCAAUCUGGGAGGUCAGAAUGCUGCUUUUCUGCCACAUUCUGGCUGUGACCAUCCUUCAGAUGCUGAUCCUCUCAGAAAACUGGGUAUUUGCCAAGAACAUUAACUUCUACAACGUGAGGCCUCCUCUUGACCCCACCCCAUUCCCAAACAGCUUCAAGUGUUUUACUUGUGAAAAUGCCGGGGAUAACUAUAAUUGCAAUCGAUGGGCAGAAGACAAGUGGUGUCCACAGGACACACAGUAUUGUUUGACAGUUCACCACUUCACCAGCCGCGGAAGAAGUACAUCCAUCACUAAAAAGUGUGCCUCUAAAAACGAAUGUCAUUUUGUCGGCUGCCGUCACAGCCGGGACUCGGAACACACGGAGUGCAGGUCUUGCUGCGAAGGAAUGAUCUGCAAUGUAGAGUUGCCUACCAACCACACAAAUGCAGUCUUCGCUGUGAUGCACGCGCAGAGGACAUCUGGCAGCAGUGUCCCCACACCCUACCUCCCGGUGCUGGCUUGGCUCAUCAUGCUUCCCUUGCUAUGAUGUUACUGCUCCUAGGACUGGCUGAGACCAGCACUGUACAGCACGAGGCAGAGACAGUGGACUGGUGAACUUUGGAGCGAAGGCCCAUCUUGCACUUGAUAAAGAGGAUACAUUGGACCCCAAAGCAGAAGGCAGAGGUUUGCUUUGCUGAACUGCUCCUGCAUGAGGUCACAGCACUGAGCAUGAGGACUUGGUAGGAGCCAAGAGGACUACAUAACCUCCAGUGUCCUGGUCUAGGGGCGCUGCAUUCUGUUACUUCUGUCAGAAGAUCCACCAGUAUUGUUGAUGGUAACAGUAGCUUGAUAAACCCCAGCCUGACCAGACUUUCACCUGGAAGGACUUUUUGACCUCAUGGACUCCCUCAGAGGCUGCGGGAUCAGACUCUCUGGCUUCUGUGAUUAGCUCAGAGCAUCUCUGUGAAAUUUAAUCCUCCUAACCACAGCAGUUUCUCUACUGUGUUAACUUUCCAUUAUUGGAACAGGAACCUAAGAUGAUCCGUUUAUAAAGAUGAAUGGUUUGUUUGGGCUCACAGGUUUGGAGACUGCAGUACAUACUGUUUGGGGGCUUGUGUUAGAGAGUGAAUAGGUACUCACUCAUAACAGAGACUUGAGAAGGAGGAAGUAUGGGCUAGAGAGAUGGCUUAGCAGUGAAGGGCACUAAUUGAUCCCCUAAAGGACACAGGUUUGAUUCCCAGCACUCACAUGGCAGUUCAUAUCUGAUAACUUCAGUCCCAGGGGAUCCAAUGCCCUCUUCUGGCCUCUAUGAGUGCUGCAUACAUAUGGUACACAGACAUAUAUGUAGGCAAAACACCCAUAUACACAAAAAUAAAUAAAAUGUCCUUUUUAAAAGGGGGAAGGGAGGAAAGAGAGGAAGAAAUGGAAGUGGAGAGAAAGCGUGCAUGCAGGUUUUUACUGUACCCUUCAAAGUUAUGUUCCCAAUGUCCUAAAUCCUCCCACUAGUCUCCACUCCCUAAAGGCUCAACCACCCUCCUUAAUGGCCCCAACAGGCUGAGAACCAAAACUUUAACCUUGUAACAGUCAAGAUCCAAACAAUGUACCCACUUACUACCUUGUCAAUGGAAAGGGCAGCUGUAGGAGGGAAAUUUCCAGUUGAAAUUUAUGAAUCUGUUUGCCAAUUAUGAGGUGGUUGGGAGUGAGGUGGAAAACUUUGAGUUAUAUAGUGUGAUGCAUGUUCUGUGUCUCUUGACAAUGUGAAAGCCUCUGAUGAAGCACAUUUACCGAUUGAUGUCACUAAAGUUGUGUUUCCAGGCACCCUGGGUGAUAUAUGCUGUCUGAAAGAAUAAAAUUUUAUGCCAAA